GCAUAUAUAAGUGUAACCUUAACCUUAAUCCUAAAGCAUAUGCAAUGAAUACACGGUACACCAAAGAAAAAAAUAAAAUAAACAGAGAAAACAAAAAAAAAGUCCAAUGAACAACAACUCGUCUAGAGCAGGCCAGUGGUUACAACACUAUGAACCACACCAAGUUCAAGAGCUUAGUCCAUGCUUCAAUGGUAUUAAUAUGAUGCCAUCAUCCCUCGGAGACGGCGGUGGUAUUGUGGAGGCUCAUGAAACGUCUGGAAGAAGAUCUAGGGCUUCGAGGAGAGCCGUACCAACGACUCUUCUGAACGCAAACCCUAGCAAUUUCCGAGCUCUUGUGCAGAAAUUCACUGGACGCUCUUCUGGUGGUGAAUCCAACCGUAGAAGGGGUCCGGUGACUCUGGAUUUCGGUUCUCCAACUACAAUCUCGAAAGAAGCUAUCUUUCCGGUCUCCGGAGAUCGAAAGAGUUAUGGUCACGAUCAUGUGCUUAACCAGCAUGUGAAUAACGAGCGUCACGUGACUUGGUCAGGUACGGAAGCUACGACGACCUAUCAGCUGGGUGAAGAAAGUAACUCCGUGUUUGAUCAACAAGAUCAUGAUCUUUUGAGGGAAUAUUCAGUGAACAGUAGUUAUGAUGAUGGCUUGGAUCAUGUGGAUUAUUAUUAUCACGAUUUUCACCAAGCGACGGAAACGUUGGAGGAGUUUAUGAUGAGCGAUCUUGAUUUAUAAUAUAGCUUCUUUUUAGUAAUUAGAUGAAGAUGAAAAUAAUGAUUAUCAUGAUGUUACUACUCAAGGGGAUUUUUUUUUUUUUGGGGGUGGGGGGGGGGGGGGGAGGAGAAAGAAUAUUUCAUUAAGCAUUUCUAAUAAUAUGUGUAAUAAACAUUUUGUUUUCUGUUCCUAUAGAUGAUGAAGAUUUUGUACGUCGAUUAUCUUACUCUAUUUUCUUGAAAAUGUGGAUUUAAUAUAUAGUUCGAAACUUGACAUAAGAUUUAAGAAAGGGUGAUUUUGUUUUACAUUUGUAGGAAUGUAAGUACAUACGAAAACAUUUUUCUUGUACCUAUAGAAAAGACUAAUAUAUUGAUGACAAAGCAGGACUAAUAUAUUGAUGAUAAAAACAUGUUAUGUCAAGUUUCGAACUAUAUAUUAAAUCCACAUGUUAUAAGAAAAUCACUUCAAAUACUUUGAUAUGUUUCAGUAAAAUGUACUGGAUCAUAUACAUCACAGUUAAACAACGACCAAGAUAUAAGGUAGUACUUUAUACUUCUUUUUU